AAAAAUCUAGUUUGCCAAAAAAAAUUAUUCUAACAUAGUACAUGCAAUACAGGGUUAAGACUAAUCAACAUUCAUUCAUGGAUUUUAAAUCUUUCGGACUAGACGAAAGGCUCCUAAAAGCUAUAGCAAAACUGGGUUGGGCAAAACCUACAAUAAUUCAAAAAGAUGCAAUACCUAUUGUAAUUGCUGGGAAAGAUGUAAUAAUCAAAGCUUUUACAGGUUCAGGAAAAACGGCCAUUUUUCUCAUUCCAAUUAUUCAAAAAUUAUUAAAUGAUAAAGAAAUACAUUCAACUGAUUCAAAAAUAAGAGCAUUAAUUUUGGUCCCUUCUAAAGACUUGUCAAAUCAAAUAUAUGAAAAUUUGAAAAAAUUGACAUAUUCCUGUUCAGAUGAAAUAAAUUUUGUCCAGCUAAAUAACAAAAUGAAUAUGAAUUACCCUUAUAAUAAUAAUGAUAUCAUUAUUUCUACUCCAUCCAGUAUAUUAUCAUUAUUAGAUGAAAAUAAAAUAAGCAUUUCAUUUAUCGAAAUGCUAGUUGUUGAUGAGGCUGAUUUACUUUUAUCAUUUGGAUAUGGGGGAGACUUCAGACAACUUACAAAAUAUAUACCAAGAACUUGCCAAACAAUACUUAUAUCUGCAACUCUAAAUAAAGAUAUUAAAUUUUUAAAAAACAUGAUGCCUAAUGAUCCAUUAAUCAUUAAAUUGAAGGAUUCAAAUCUACCACCGCAAACACAACUAUCUCAAUAUGUCAUUAGAUGUGAUGAGGAUGAAGAAAAAUUUACUUUAUGCUACAUCUUAUUAAAGCUCAAGUUAUUACGUGGAAAAACUAUAUUUUUUGUUAAUACAAUUGAUCGUGGUUAUAAACUUAAGUUAUACUUGGAAUUAUUUGGUAUCAAGUGUUGUUUACUUAAUUCCGAAUUGCCUUUAUUAUCAAGAUGCCAUAUUAUGAAUCAAUUUAAUGAAGGUUUAUAUGAUUAUGUUAUAGCUGCAGAUGAAUCGCUUAGACAAAUAAAUACUAGUAAUAAAGCGAAGAGUUUAAAAAGUUUUGCAAAAGAUAAAGAGUUUAGAGCCUCGAGAGGUCUUGACUUUCAACGAAUAUCGAACGUAGUUAAUUUUGACUUCCCAAAAACAGUCAAAUCAUAUAUUCAUAGAGUAGGGAGGACGGCUAGAGCUGACAAUAAUGGCACCGCUUUAUCUUUAAUUAAGGAUGAAGAGUGCGAAAUAUUUAAAAAGGUGGAGAAAUAUUUAAAUCCUAAAAACAGUACGUUCAACAUUCUCGAGCCCAUUAUAAAAACAUUCAACGUUCCAAUAAAACAAUUAGACGGUUUUAGAUAUAGAUCGACUGACGCCUAUAAAUCUAUUACUCGUAUAUUGAUAAAGGAAGCGAGAUUUAAGGAGAUAAAAACAGAAAUUUUAAAUAACGAAAAAUUAAAAAUAUUUUUUCACAAUAAUCCUCAUGAUUUCGCCGUUUUGAGGCACGAUAAUGCGUUAAAUAUUAAAAAUUCGCUUGUGAAAAGCCAAGUGGCAUCUCAUCUAAAACAUAUACCGGACUAUUUAAUUCCAAACGCUUUUAAAGAGCUCACUCCCAACUAUUCUUCUACUCUCAACAAUUUAGCGCACAAGAAAAAUAAUGAAAAAUUACCGAAAUAUAAAAAACAGAAAAUGGUAGAUCCUCUCAAGUCAUUCAAAUUUUAGCGAUAUAUAAUUAAUGUGACAUAAAUUACUAAUAAAUAAAUUUAUAGUAAAUAUGAAUACUCAUCUUGA